AUGCCAGCUUGGAACAAAAUAAAGAAGGAUGUAAUUUGCAAGACCAUUCGUACAUGGAGAUCUCUUGAAUCCCUGACAAUGCCUAGUAUAGUAGAUUCGCCUUAUCUUAUAGAGGAAAUAGCCCUAAAUUGCAAGAACUUCAGUGAACUCAAGGUCAUGGGUCCUUUUGACGUUCUCUUUGCUUCUACGAUAGCCAAAUUUCCAAAUUUGAAGAUUUUGAGCUUAAGAUGCUCAAUGAUAGUUAAGGAUGCCCUAAUGCUUAUAUUGGAUGGCCUACCAAAUCUGGAUGUCCUCAACAUAUCACAUUGCCUUCUUAUAGGAGGUCAAUUGCUUCCUCCGCUGAUGCUCGAAAAAAUUAUUAAGAAGCCAAAUAAAAUUAUCUUGGAGAAGGCUGCUCGAUUACAUGAGUUCUUAACAUGUACUGAGCACUCGUGCAUCAUGUGCCAGUGUACUUGA